AUGAGUCUUGCUUCGGACAACAUCUUCAAAAUGCACUUCACCAACUUCGUCCUUAUGGCUGUCUCUGCCAUUUUCGUCGCUGCAACUCCUAUCGCCGAGCCUGGCGUUCCCGAAUUCUACAACGGCGAGAAGCUGGUCGCUCGUCAGAUCUGGUGCACCGCAUGCAAGAACGGCGGGCAAACCUGCUGCUCCGCCGUCCAGUGCGGUCAGUACAGCUGUUAA